AUGGGUUCUCAAAUACGUCAUGUUGCAUCAGCUACUAAAACAGAGACUCGUACAAUGCCAACAAGUAAAACUCUGAAAAACUCUCGUUCAUUUCAAAAUCUUACUCUGUCUGCUACAAAUAUGCAACAAUCAGAGCCGGAAACAUCUCAUAAUAUAACAAUCUCUCAUGUAAAACCAUCAUCGGAAAAAUCUCAUUUACCAUCACAUGAACUGGACAAUAAAACAAAUGAUCAGAUGCCUCAAUUGACACAAGAUUUCCAUUUAUCGAGUAUAGGCUUGAAUGAAAACUUCAAUGUAUCAGAAACAACAAAUGAUCUACAAACAAGUACAUUAACUGAUAAUAAUAAAAAUUCGACAAAAAUUGAAGUCCAACAAAAUCUAUCGACAUCAGACUUGCAAAAAAUGCAACCAGAACAGAAAACUACAUCAUCAUCUUCAGUUGCACAAAGUUCAGAUACACAAGAUGUUAUGUUAAAGAAACAUAUUGAACAGAUAUAUAAUGAUCUUCGUCUACGUAUUACAAAUGAACAACAACAAAAUGAUGAGUGUGAAACAAAUACAAUUACUGUUAUUGUUACUGAUGAAUCCCUUUAG